CAUGGAAAUCUUCAAAAAUUUUGAGACUAAAUUAGCACAAACUAACUCUACCGUGAUCCGGCCAUUCUCUCCUCCCUAAGAGGCGAAGCGGCGCCCCGGGUGAAUGCCGAUGGCCGCGGCUUCGCCGGAGAAGCUCCACUGCGGCGAGGUGGGGACCGGUGACGAAGAAAAGGAGGACGCGGAGAGGGCUGAUGCCGAGGUGAUAGCGCAGCAACUGUCGAAUCAAUCGCUGCGGGAGAAGGCACAGCGCCUCCAGGGCCUGCUCACCGAAGGCACGUCCGAACGCCUCCCUGACCGCGGUAGGAAGCUGCGCGCCACACUCGUUGCCAUCUACCGGGAGCAAGACCGCCGCCAGGCCCGAGGCGACAGGGCACGAGCGCCGGGCAAUGAAGCAUGUGAAAGGAGAGUCCGAUCGAGGUGUAUUGAAUCAUCGGGUUUGCGUAGUGACCUCAGUAGAGUUGAAGUAUCAGUGGCUGAUUUCAUGUCUUCAUUUGGAGCGGAUAAAGAGGCAGGCAUCAACAUAUCUAGUUUGGGAAUAAAAAGUUGGAGCCCAAACCAGCCUAGCACUUUGAUAGGAAACAAGGGGAAGUUAUGUGAAGAGAAAGACUCUUGUGAAGCCUCUUUACAACCAAUGAAUUCAGUUCAUGAAGAGUGGCAUCUGGACACCUCAGAGAACAUGGGGAAGACAUCUUCUGGUGAUGCCUCUAACAGCAAUGUCCACAAUAUAUUGUGGGAAGAGGUUCCCAGACCCUCUCGUAAAAGGAAAGGAGCUGAUCCAUUUAACUUUUCAAUGCGAUUGAGAUCAACAAAGGAAGAGGUUGUUGUUUUGGAUGGAGAUACACCCCAUCUAGAAUCUGCUCAGGAAACAUCCAAUAAUAACUGGGAUUCAGAGAAGCUAUACUAUCCUUCAAGGGAACACCUUAGUUCUGUUGAGAUUUCUUCUGAUGACAUCAGAUGUCUCCAGCCUGAAUCAUUGCUGUCCUCACCUAUAAUGAACUUUUACAUCAUGUAUCUACAGGGACCAAUGCCAUCAAUUAUUAGACCAAUAGGCGAGUAUCACAUUUUUAACACAUACUUCUUUAGCAAACUUGAAACCAUAACAGCGAAGGAGGACAAGACCACUUAUUUUUUGAAGUUGAGAAGAUGGUGGAAGGGUGUAGAUAUAUUUCGAAAGGCAUAUAUAUUGAUGCCUGUGCAUGCAGAAACACAUUGGAGCCUCAUCAUAAUAUGCAUGCCAGCAAAAGAACAUCCAACAGGCCCCAUCAUACUUCAUUUGGAUUCACUGAAGUUUCAUAGUAGUAGAUGGAUAUUCAAUGUUGUUAGCAGAUUUCUCAAAGAAGAAUGGAGCUACCUGAAUGUGAAUACUGCAUCGGAAGAAUGUCCCUUAAGAGAAACAGUGUGGAAGAAUCUUCCUCGUAAAGUCGAAAAGAAAAGAAUUGAGGUGCCGCAGCAGGAAAAUGAUUACGAUUGUGGCCUAUUUGUGCUGUACUAUAUGCAGCGGUUUAUUCAGGAGGCGCCUGAAAGGUUUAAGAAGAAAGACUAUUCUAUGUUUGGCAAACGGUGGUUUCGACCUGAAGAGCCAUCUCAGCUUAGAGACCAAAUUCGCCAUUUACUCCACUUGUGUAGAGAAACUGAAGUGAAGAAGGGUGUAACAGGGUCAUGUGGGGAAAGUCAACCUAAGAUUGAGAAUGAUGGAACCGAUCCGAGUGAUGCCUCCGAGCCAACAACACCCAAGCAUCUGAGUGAGUAAUGCUGACAGAACUGGGUAACUGCUGAUUUUGGAUGUUGCUGUAGACCAACAUAGUAGUCUCUAGGUCGUGUGGGUUUGCGCCCAAUAUGGGGAAACUUGAGGGUGCAUCUAUAUAAAAAUACCUGUACCCCUAGUGUCGGGAAAAUGCCGUGUAAAGUAGCGAAACUGGUAGUCAGGUUGCUUUGCGAGACUUCCACAACGCUGUUGGCUUGACAUUCUUCACCUUCAUUAGCUCACGAGCCCUGGCUUCUCGAACUACAUCCUUAUUAUGCUAGCAGUGUGCACCUGUUGAGACUCUGACCAAUGCCAUCCUCCCCCCGUUUACUGGGCUACCUGUCAUAGCUUGGGCUGUGCCCAAUUGAGGGUGGGUCGUCACACGGUUUUUUUGUAUGGCCGAAAGCAUGACACUACAUGAUAAUUUUUUGGCCUGUAUCAGCACGUUAGGAUCUCCGCGUGUUGGUGGCAUGGCAAUGGCAAGACCUGUCUAGUUUGGACCAUGCACCGACGUGACAUAAAAAUAGCAUGUAAUUACGUAAUAAUUUCACAAUACAAUUUUGAAGUA